ACGGUCGGUCCCUGACAGAGCUGAGCUCACAAACACAUCGCACCUUUUUCCUCGCAGCGAACAAACGGCCAGCGACCGUCCUUCCUCCUCCUCUCUUCCUCCUCCUCCUCUUCUUCUUCUCCUCCUCCUUCUUCUCUCUCUUCUUUUUUUCUCUUUCUGUUUUCUCCCGUGUUUUUCGAGGCGCAGCGCUCGUGCCUGUAGUGUCUGUAGCUGCUGCGGUAGAAGAAGGAGGACUGGGCGCUGGGUUUGGUUGGUGCUGAGCUUGACUGGAGGCUGAGGGCUGGAGGCUGAAUGAUGCUGCUGGUGCUGCUGCUGCUGCUGCUGCAUCCAUCCGUGUCUCUGCUGAGAAUCGAGUGAAUCUGAAUUGAAUCGUUGAUUCAUUUGGGAGUCUUUUUUAUUUGUUGUGUUGUUUGUACGUUUUUUUUAAGGGGAUUUGAAAAGGUUAGGCGAUUGCUGAUUUAUUUAUUUUUUCAGUUUUCCUUUUUUUCUCCCCAAUUUUGCUCUCUAAACUGAUGCAGUGAUUUUUUUUUUAUUAUUUAAUUUUUUGGUGAACAAAGAGAGCCUGUAAAAAUCAAGUCGAUGCGGAAGCCAUCAGCGAGCUCCUUCAGUGAGGCUGGUCGAUCGAGGGGGGACUAGCCUACAUGAUGAUGGUGCUUCUUUCAAGAUUGCGGAUCAAUACGUCAGAGUGGAUGUGAUUAGAAGGUUUGUGAGCGGUGAAGGCCCUGCGAGGGCCGGCGUAUUAACCCCACUCUGAGAAGGGUUUAGGGUUUUUUUUCCCUCCUUUCCUCCGUCUUCUUCUUCUUUUUUUUCUGUCCACCCAACGCUUCGGCCGGCGCAAUGACUGUGAAUUAAGCUACGCUCGUCGAGACCCGUGGCCGCCUGGUGCGCUCAGAAGUGUCCUGUUAAGAGUGUACUGGAACAUCACUUUCGUGUGAUGGAGACCGUGAUGAUGAAAAAGGGCCAGAGUGUAGCUUAGCAUUUUAGCAUAGCAGCAGUGACUGGAGAGGGUUUUAGUUGAGCGCAUAGCUUUAGUGUAGUCUAGUUGAAAUAUAUCGCAUAGUCUUAUUUUUCUCUAAUUUCAGAUAUAAUUUGAAUAUGUUAUGAUAUUCUUGGCUGCAUAUCUACACUACGUUAAAUAUGACUAGGCCCUAGCACAGGCCUUCAUGUCUCUUUAUCAGUGUAGAACAAUGAAUAAAGCCAAAUUAGCCCAAAUUAUCUGCUGCAGCCCCAUCUUUCCCAUAGAAGCCAUUCCUGUUUUAGGACUGGAACUCUAAAAUUAUCAGUAUAAAUAUAUAUAUAUAUAUAUAUAUAUAUACAUAUAUUGCAUUUUUUGUAGCUUAGUUCUAUUCUAUUCAUCCUUUUGAUCCAAAACUCGAUCCACCAUGAGCUUCUCCAUGCGUAACGGCGCGCACUUGAUUUGGAUAGGCCUGCUGGUUUGCUGCUUGGUCGACAUAGGGGCGAGCAUGGAGUUCACCGGCGCCGAAGGCCAGUGGGCGCGGUUCCCCAUGUGGAACGCCUGCUGUGAGAGCGAGAUGAGCUUCAACAUGAAAACGAAGAGCUCGCACGGACUCUUAGUGUACUUCGACGACGAGGGAUUCUGCGACUUCUUGGAACUGCUCAUCCACAACGGUAGAAUCAGCUUGCGCUUCUCGAUCUUCUGCGCCGAGCCGGCCACGGUGCUGUCCGACACCGCCGUCAACGACAGCCGCUGGCACGCCGUCACGGUGCGCAGGAAUUUCAAAAACACUACGCUAGUGGUGGACGACGAGAUCAAGUGGGUGGAAGUGAAGUCCAAACGGAGGGACAUGACGGUUUUUAGUCCUAUGUUCUUAGGGGGGAUACCUCCAGAACUGCGCUCCGUAGCCUUGCGCCUGACGUCCGCCUCCAUCAAAGACCAAGUUCCCUACAAAGGAUGGAUAACCAAUUUGAAGGUGAACGACUCUGAGCCGGCGAUAGUCAGCAGCGACGGGAUCACCAGCAACGUUUGCGAAGCCGACCACGUUUGCCUGAACGGAGGAGUCUGCAGCAUCGUCAACGACCAGCCCAUCUGCGACUGCUCCGAGACCGGCUUCCAGGGGAAGGACUGCAGUGAAGAGGCCUACGUUGGAGGUCUUGCGCACCUGAUGAUGGCCGACCAAGUGAGGGAGGAGUACGUGGCGACCUUCAAGGGCUCGGAGUACUUUUGCUACGACCUGUCCCCGAACCCCAUCCAGAGCAGCAGCGACGAGAUCACGCUCUCCUUCAAGACCCUGCAGCGCAACGGCCUCAUGCUCCACACGGGCAAAUCCGCCGACUACGUCAACCUGGCGCUGAAGAACGGCGCCGUCUCUCUGGUCAUCAACCUGGGCUCCGGGGCCUUCGAGGCCCUGGUGGAGCCUGUGAAUGGGAAAUUUAAUGACAAUGCCUGGCAUGAUGUGAAGGUUACCAGGAAUCUCCGUCAGCACUCAGGCAUUGGACACGCUAUGGUUACAAUAUCCGUGGAUGGAAUUCUCACCACCACUGGAUAUACUCAAGAGGACUACACCAUGCUAGGCUCCGACGACUUUUUCUAUGUGGGGGGCAGUCCCAGCACUGCAGAUCUGCCCGGAUCCCCCGUUAGCAACAACUUUAUGGGCUGCCUGAAGGAGGUUGUAUACAAGAACAACGACGUGAGGCUGGAGCUGUCUCGCCUGGCCAAACAGGGUGAUGCCAAGAUGAAAGUGAGCGGAAUCGUGGCUUUCAAGUGUGAGAACGUGGCCACCCUGGACCCGGUCACCUUCGAGACCCCCGAAUCUUUCGUCACGCUCAGCAAGUGGACGGCGAAGAAGGCCGGUUCCAUCUCCUUCGACUUCCGCACCACCGAACCCAACGGCCUGCUGCUCUUCAGCCACGGCAAACCCAAGCAGCAGCAGCAGAAAGACCCCAAAGGCCCCAAGACCAUGAAGGUGGACUUCUUUGCCAUUGAGAUGCUGGACGGACACCUCUAUCUCCUGCUGGACAUGGGCUCGGGCACCACCAAGACCAAGGCUGUGAACAAGAAGGUCAAUGAUGGAGAAUGGUACCAUGUGGAUUUCCAGAGAGACGGGAGAUCAGGUACCAUCUCUGUUAACUCUGUGCGCACUCCCUACAAUGCUCCUGGAGAGAGUGAGAUUCUGGACCUGGAUGAUGUUCUGUAUCUGGGUGGUCUUCCUGAGGACCGGGCAGGUCUGGUCUUCCCCACGGAGGUGUGGACGGCUCUGCUGAAUUACGGGUACGUGGGCUGCGUGAGGGACCUGUUCAUGGACGGCCAGAGUAAAGACAUCCGCCGCAUCGCCGAGGCGCAGAGGGCCGUGGGGGUCAAGCCUUCCUGCUCAAAAGAGCAGCCCAAACAGUGCCUGAGCAACCCCUGCCUGAACAGCGGCACCUGCAGGGAGGGCUGGAACCGAUACGUGUGCGACUGCUCUGGUACCGGAUACCUCGGCCGAUCCUGCGAAAGAGACGCCACCAUCCUCAGCUAUGACGGCAGUAAGUUCAUGAAGAUCAAGUUACCAGUGGUGAUGCACACCGAGGCAGAGGACGUGUCUCUCCGCUUCCGUUCCCAGCGAGCCUAUGGAGUUCUGAUGGCCACCACCUCCAGGAACUCAGCGGACACUCUGCGACUGGAGCUGGACGGAGGACGGGUCCGGCUCACUGUCAACCUAGACUGUAUCAGGAUUAACUGUACCACCAGUAAAGGCCCAGAGACCAUCUUUGCGGGCCAGAACCUGAAUGAUAAUGAAUGGCACACAGUCCGUGUGGUCAGGAGAGGGAAAAGCCUGAAGUUAAUGGUGGAUGACCUGCAGCCGUCAGAAGGUCAAAUCACAGGUGACCACACGCAGCUAGAGUUCCAUAACAUUGAGACAGGCAUCGUCACAGAGAAGCUCUACAUGCCCGCCGUGCCGUCCAACUUCAUCGGGCACCUGCAGGGUCUGGGAUUCAACGGCAUGUCCUACAUCGACCUGUGCAAGAACGGGGACAUCGACUACUGCGAGCUGAACGCUAUGAUUGGCUACAAGAGCAUCGUGGCCGACCCCGUGACCUUCAAGUCUCGCUCUAGUUACGUGACCCUGCCCACUCUGCAGGCCUACUACUCCAUGCACCUGUUUCUCCAGUUUAAAACCACCUCGCCCGAUGGACUGAUUCUCUACAACCGAGGAGACGGCAAUGACUUCAUAGUGGUGGAGCUGGUCAAAGGUUACAUGCACUACGUGUCGGACCUGGGGAAUGGUGCUCAUCUAAUCAAAGGCAACUCCAACACGCCCCUCAACGACAACCACUGGCACAACGUCAUGAUCUCACGAGACACCAACAACCUCCACACCGUCAAGAUCGACACCAAGAUCACCACCCAGACCACCAUGGGUGCUAAGAACCUGGAUCUGAAAGGUGACCUGUUUGUUGGAGGGGUGUCUAAGGAGAUGUAUAAGGACCUGCCUAAGCUGGUGCAUUCGAAAGAGGGCUUCCAGGGCUGCCUGGCUUCUGUGGACCUGAACGGCCGAUUGCCUGACCUGCUGUCGGACGCGCUGACCACCAUGGGUCAGGUGGAGAGGGGCUGUGAAGGUCCAAGCACUACAUGUCAGGAGGACUCGUGCUCCAAUCAGGGCGUGUGUCUCCAGCAGUGGGAGGGCUUUACCUGUGACUGCAGCAUGACGUCGUUUGGAGGACCUCUCUGCAAUGAUGCAGGAACUACGUACAUCUUCGGACGAGACGGCGGGCUGAUCGUGUACACUUGGCCACCCAACGACCGGCCGAGCACGCGGGCAGACCGACUGGCUGUAGGAUUCAGCACCCAGCAGAAGGACGCAGUGCUGGUCAGAGUGGACAGCUCCUCUGGCCUCGGAGACUACCUGCAACUGCAGAUAGAGAAAGGCAAUAUCAGAGUGGUGUUCAAUGUGGGCACCGACGACAUAAACAUUGAAGAGACCUCAAAGUUUGUAAAUGAUGGAAAGUACCACAUAGUUCGCUUUACGCGGAGUGGCGGUAAUGCCACCUUGCAGGUGGACGAUCUGCCAGUCAUAGAACGAUACCCCACAGGCAACAUUGAUAACGAACGCCUGGCGAUUGCUAGACAGCGAAUCCCAUAUCGGCUUGGUCGAGUAGUUGACGAAUGGCUACUCGACAAAGGUCGACAACUCACCAUCUUCAACAGCCAGACCACUAUAAAGAUUGGCGGAUGGGAGCGGGGCAGCCGGCCGUUUCAGGGGCAGCUGUCCGGCCUCUACUACAAUGGCCUCAAAGUGCUCAACAUGGCCGCCGAGGGCGACCCCAACGUACGCGUGGAGGGCAGUGCCCGGCUGGUGGGCGACCUGCCCUCCUCCUCCAUCACCCCCCAGUCCAGUGCUUCGGCCACGGGCAACCGCUCGGAAACGUCCCCCUCGCUCACCGACAUCACCACCACCACCGCGUCCAAUCGGCAGGGCAAGCAGACCACCACGUCACAGGAUGAUCUGUUGGUAGCCUCCGCUGAAUGUCCCAGUGAUGAUGAGGACAUUGACCCAUGUGACCCAACCUCAGGUGGGUUAGCACACCCUCCUCUGACCGAGACGAAGGGCUACCCGAGCCCAGAGGUGAUCCGGGAGUCCAGCAGCACCACGGGCAUGGUGGUGGGCAUCGUAGCAGCCGCCGCCCUCUGCAUCCUCAUCCUGCUCUACGCCAUGUACAAGUACCGCAACCGCGACGAGGGCUCGUACCACGUAGACGAGAGUCGCAACUACAUCAGCAACUCGGCCACGCAGCCCAACGGCGCCGCCGUCAAAGAGAAGCCCAUCGGUGUGGCCAAGAUCUCCAGCAAGAAUAAAAAGAACAAGGACAAAGAGUACUACGUCUGAUCCCACAGACAUUCUCCCUCCCUGUGUUCAGACACUUACGGGGCAAAGGGGGAGGAGAUGCCAACCUGUGUAUAGUAAUUAAGAGAAAAAAAACACGGCCUCAGUUUUAACUGAGACCAAAUAUACUGUUACUAACAAUAAGAAAAUAUACUUUAUACUCAAGCACACGAGAACUAUACAAAAGCCGGAAGUGUGUACACAAGGAGUUCGGGGCAAAGAGAGUAUGUGUGUGUGACUUCAGAGUCAAUCCUUGGGGAAAAGAACGGAGCCAAUGAAUGAAACCCUUGAUGCGUUUUUGAGGGUGAAGCACUCAAAGACAAGGCCACUCACUGCUCAGAACUGCUGAGCUUCUAUUGUGUUUCAUAUUAUGUUGCCUGUGUGUGUGUGUGUCGCCGGACAUCCAGUUCCUCCUCUUCAUCAUCUUUCAGAAAAAAACUCAACACGAACAUCUGGACCAGUACAAAGUACGAAAAACAAAGUACAGAGACGUUCACUAUAAAAGAGAUGAAAAGGACCUUAUGAAAAAGAGACUUAUCACUAUGAGAAGCUACCUACUCUACUGUAUGAUUGUUAAAUCAGCCAAAGUAUUCGCCCCCCUGACCCCGCCCCCUUUUCUAACGGCAGUGUUGGCCAGUUGGAGACGUAUACAAGGUGACAAGGUGACAGUGUGAAGACCAUGAGGGGGAAAACGAAAAAAAAAAAACUACAACAGUAAAGGAUCCAAACUUUUAAUCUAAAACUCAAACAAAAAGUCAAACAAAUAUGGAGGACCAAUGCCUUGGUGUCAUAGAGGACAAUGGAGGCCUUAUUAACAAUCCAAGUGUAAAUCUACGGUCGUUUUCUUUUGUUCGUAUGUCGUACAUCCCGUCACGACGCUGACGCUGACGGCGACGAUGACGGCGACGAUGACGACGACAGUGGUGAUGCUGGUGAUGCUUAAGAACGAACGGUAAAGAAUGGUAAAAGCGUAAAAAAACGGGGCCGUUUGGGAUAGUUUGAGAAAAACUCCAUGCACGUGAAGUAUCUUAUUACAUAUGUUUAUAUACGGUGCAAAGACUAUCUAUGUGUGCUCUCUGGACUGUGGCUGAAGUGGUGUUUUAUAGCCUGUUAUAUAGAUGAUGCCAACUACAGUAUACCUGCUCUUCAAACAUUUUCUAGUAAAAUCCGACGGGAAAACGACUAAAAACAGAAAAAAAAUAAAUGUUAAUGUGUUGCUCUAGCGAUAGAACCGUUUCUGCCAUUAGCUAUAAACAUUUGGGUUCCUGUAUUUUUCAUUUUCCUCCUUUUACGUGCAUCUUCAAUGUCUAUCGUUUAUUUACGCCAUUGUACUUUGAUUUCCUUUGCAAUUUUUUCUUGUGUGUCGACAUACAGAGAUGAACAAGAACAAGAUCAAAAAGUUUGGGUUUGGGAAAGCAAAGCAAACCAAACCAAAUCACCACAGGGGAAGCUUUUAAAAAUUAUAUGAAUUACAAUACGAAUCGUUCAUGAAUUGUUGAAGCAAUAUCCUUUUGCUCUUUUCUGUGACCAAACUAAUUAUGCAUGGUCAAUAGGACAAGGCUCUAAUAAACAAUGGCACCAUAACACCUACAACAAAAAAAAUAUGAAAAGAGAUAACAAAAAAAUAAACGAAUAAAUAAGUAAACCGAACAAAAGACAAUGAACUGGAUCCCAAAAUACAGUAUAUAUGUAUCGGAACAUCACGACUGGAAGACGCCAAUCUCGGAGACGCCAGAAAUUAAAGCGUAUUGUUUGUGAACACACUCCUCUUUGCUAUCUUGUACUCCACCGAAUGUACAAGAGGUACAAAAUACAGAACCUUCAGAAUAAAACCUUUUGAUUUUUGUUUUUUGUGUUUUUUAUUUGUGUACAAUUUUUCUAUGAUUCUUUUGUUUUUAUUGUGAAAAUUCUUUGAUGACCUCAAAGUGAAGAUUUAUUAUGAAAAAAAAAUAGUUUUGAAAAAUCAAAUGACUAAAUAAAAUAUUAAUUAAUACUUGAA